AUGCCUGCACCACUGUCAAAGCUUCUGGGCUGUCUACGACUCUCAACCCGUCGCACUCCAGCAUCUAAAGCGGUGGACUCAAGUUCCUCGAGCACAGAAUUCGACGAGAAGCACCACCAACCUUCGCGGACUCAGACAGACACGUUGAAACUUCCAGAGACGCAACAAGCAUUGUUACUGCACGGCAUUCGGCAACCAUAUCAAUUACACAGCGAUCAAACAGUUCCUAAAGUACGACGUGAUGCUCCCCAUGAAUUACUGGUCCGGACUUCUGUCAUUGGCAUCAACCCAAUAGACUGGAAGGCUCCCGAUUACAACUUUGGCGUUCCAGAGCUACCCCGGCAGGAGAACGCUCUGCCAGGUGACCACGUCCUAGCGAUUGCAACAGACUAUCGAGACCUCCGAAAAGCCGCUUACCAACAGUUCCCGAUCGCCAAUGCGCACAAUGUUGCGCGCAUUCCGCCAUCACUUUCCGGCGAGGCAGCUGCCAGCAUAGGCGUCGCUUUCGUUGCGGCAGCGCUGUCACUAGGCAUCUGCACCGGCCUGGACUUCAGCUCCGUCUGUGAUGGGCCAGACCUGCUGAAGCUGGUACGCGAUGCUGGGCCAGCUCUGCUUCCAGAGGAUAUCAGGGAAGAGUGCUUGACCGGGAUCGACCUGAAAGACCGCUUAAGCAAGGGUGACUGGGUGGCUGUGUGGGGCGGCUCGAGUACGAGUGCGUACAUGAUCUACCAACUGGCGCGACUGGUGGGUGUAAAGACCAUAAGUGUCCUAGACGUGCGGAAACACAGCGACUGGAUCUAUGGGGACGAUUCGGAAUUCCAGAAAGCAGAUGUCGUUGUAGACAGCCAUGAUCCUGCACGAGCGGUGGAGAUCGUGCGAGCCGUUGGUGCGUCGGACCCUAGUGGCCGGCUCAGGUUCGGGAUCGACACGGUUGGAAAGACAACUGCUGCUGAGCUGUUGAAGUGCAUGACUCCAGCGCCCACUGAACCAGCGGGCGAGCAGCAAUCAUCAUCUCUAGCAACAACGACAUCAACAUCAUCAUCAGAGGCCAGAUCCACACAUCUCGUCGGCCUCACCGGCCUCCCAAAACGAGACUCCACCAACGACACAACCACAAAGUUCCACACAGUGCCCAUCAAACUCUUCCACGAGGUGCCAGAAGUGGGUGAAGCUCUAAUGGCAUGGCUCGAGAGGCUGCUGGCGGAGGGACUACUCAAGUCCCCAAGGAUAUUGGCUGUGGAAGAGGGGCUGGAGAGCGUGAACGGUGUGCUGGAUCGGAUGAGGAAAGGGGAGAUAUCCGGUGGGAGGGCAGUUGUGAGGGUAUAG